UUAGUAGUGAUCAGUUUUGCAAUGUUCACAAUUCUGGAGUGAUUUCAGGUAGAGGGUUUUUUGUGAAAGAUAUCUUUGACUUUCUUUCCUAAUACACUGUGAAGUACUCAGUAUGGCUUGUCCUUUAAUAAUUUUUUUCUCCUGAUUCUUUUUUAACAAGUAUUAAAUAUUUGGAUGCUAACAUUUUUGGAAGUGGCUGCUAAAACAGAUUGACUUUCCUUCCUCAGUCCCCUUCAAAGUGAAACAUGAGUCCCUUUUUUCUCUUCAGACCAGAUGGCAUGCUUCUUCAAGUGAGCAAUGUGUUGCAAUGAAAAUGGACUGCGUCUUUCCCCUUCUUCCUUUCCUCCUUUAGUAACUGAACACAUCUGUGUAGUUCAUAUUUGAGUGAAAUUCAAGAUUGGUCAGUCUGCAGGGUAAAUAUGUCAACUAUUGGAAAACCAGCUCUAACAAAUUGAAAGAAUUUCUGCACCUGCCAACAGAUGGUAUAGCAAGUUGACUGCACAAAACCUGACAUCCAUAUGGACCUUAUUAGAAAAAUGGACAAGAUUAUAUAGUUGGGUCCUUUUCAUGUCUGUCUUGUGUGUGUGUGUAAUGCUGCUCCUCCUCAUAUGCAUGUACAGAGCCCCACCUCCUCCAAGUCAUGCGGUGGGCUGUAUUCUCAGUGGGCAGAAACAUCGCAUUCCUUAAGGCUGGGAGGUGAUGACUGUACUAAGGAUUUCUUUGAGAGUUUUUACAUCUGAUAGAAGAGACUUGCAAAGUGAAAGAAGCAAAAGAAGCAAUCAAAUUUAAAACAGUUUCACAUGUACUACUGUUUUGAUAGUUGUUUAUCCACCAAUGGAUUUUUUUGGAGAUGGAGUAAUGCAUGUAAAACAGUUUCUAGAUGUGUGGACUCUCAAAUUGCUGUCUGUACCCUGUGACUCUCUUCCAGCAGCUGAUGGUCAUGUUUUAAGAGAAAUAGAUGUUGCUUUGAAACUGGAUUGAGCCAGAGUUCUGUGUUCCCAUUCCCCAGCAAAACUUGUGCAGGGCUGUCAGCAAGUAACUUGAUUUGCCAGUAUCUUUUGUUUCCUGUCUGCAAAGGUUGGUACUAAUUGCUUCAGAAGAACAUUGAGGAUAAAAUUAUUGUAUCACAAAGGAAAUACUAUAACCAAACAACUUACUGGGUGACAAAUAAAAUUUGGUACCCCUGGAAUGUUGCAUAAAUUUAGUAGGGUAGAAGUACAGCAUUUAUUUAAAGGAGUUGCUAAAAGUGACAGGGACUUGUUAGCUUUUUUGAGAGGAUUGUUUCUUGCUUUGUGGUUUUUGCUUUUGAAACUCUUUAAGUUUCUUAAAUGAUUGGCUUGGUCUAAAUUUUUUUGUUAAAGAAGUGUGGAGAUCAUGGCUAAGCUUUUCAGGCAAGAUAACAACAGUAGAUCUGACGGGAGCUGAACUUUGGUUAUUCUGCACAGGAUGUGUUACAGUGCUUGAAAUGCAUUCUGUUAUGAUUUCCUCAAGAACACUGUGAUGCUUAGGGUGGAGAGUUCUUUAGAUAGGGCAGGUACCUGUGAGAUCUGGUGUCAGUACUCAGCUAGCAACUUGCCCAAAUCUAGAAGAGGUCUCACUUAAGUGUUGACAGCAGGAUUUUUCCUUUUUAAUAGAUGCAGCUUCCAUAUAGAAGUGGAGGAGGUUGGCUGAGAGUUGUAGGUAUGAGGUUAGACAAGAAUGUAUUGCAGAGCAACAGAGAGGUGUACCGUGAGAAUGGCAUUUUUUGAUGUUGCUGCCUGAAUGUGCUGCCUAGGUACUUAGGGUUCUGAGAGAGCAAAAGCCUCAGUGAUUCCUAGUUAUCUUGGCAAGCUUGAAAUAAUUCAGGUUUACAUCAGAGAUUUAUUCUUAGCCAGGAUAUUUCCAUUUUAUAAUAUUUGAUAAUGUGUAAAUUCUCUCUUAAGUUAUGACAACUACUAGGAAAGUCUUCUAGUGGUACCAUACUGACCUGAAAGCUAUUUUUUGGGAGGAAUGUGGAGAAGGGAGUUAGAUUCUGCUGUUGAAGCUCUUUGAUGCUUUUUAUUAUACCAGACUUGAGAACAUGACAUAUUGACUGUGCCUUCACAUUGCAAAGAAUACCUAGGUGUCUCAUUUCUUUCAUAUCUUGAUCUGGUGACAGCAUGCCGUAGUUUAGUAAUACUGUGGCAGGUUUUCUCCAGUUGGAGGCAGAGGUGUUAUUUGUGCACUGGGAGUUGUUUGCUAAUAGGAGGGUGUGUAAUGCUGACAGUUUCAUUCUCUGUAGCUGUCUGAGAGUAGCGAUUUUGAUUUGUUGAUACUUACCAGGUACAGGUGAAUGAUGUAAAGACUGAUUAAAACAAAACAAACAAAAAAGGGGAAAGAAACCCAACCAACCAACCAACCAACCAAACAAAACCUGUCCUGCUUUAACCCCAGCUGGUAACUCUUCACCACACAACUGCGCACUCCCCCACAGUGGGAUGUGGGAGAGACUCAGAAUGGUGAAAGUGAGAAAACUCAUGGGUUGAAAUAAAGACAGGUUAAUAUAGGUAGAGCAAAAGCCAUGCACACAAGCAAAGCAAAAGAAGGAAUUCGUUCACUACUUCCCAUGGGCAGGCAGGCAUUCAGCCAUCUCCAGGACAGCAGGGCUCCAUCACACAUAACAGUUACUUGGGAAGACAAACAUCAUCACUCCAAAAGUCCUCUUACUUGUUCAUCUUCCAGCUUUAUAUAGUGAUUAUGACAUCAUAUAGUCUGGAAUAUCAUAGAAUCAUUUUUGGUCCAGUCAUAACCUAACUCAAGCACUAAACCAUGUCCCUAAGAACAUCAUCUAUACACCUUUUAAACUCUUUCAGGGAUGGUGACUCCACCACUUCCCUGGGCAGCCUGUUCCAAUGCCUAAUAUCCAAUCUAAAUCUCCCCUGGCACAACUUGAGGCCAUUUCCUCUUGUCCUACCACUUGCUACUUGGGAGAAGAGAUCAACACCCUCUGUGCUACAACCUUCUUUCAAGUAGUUGUAGACAGCAAUAAAGUCUCCCCUCAGCCUUCUUUUCUCCAGGUUGUUUAGGCCCCAGUUCCCUCAACUGCUCCUCAUCAGACUUGUGCUCCAGGCCCCUCAGCAGCUUCAACACCCUGCUCUGCACUCUCUCUAGUACCUCACUGUCUUUCUUAUGAUAAGGGGCCCAAAACUGAACACAAGAUUCAAGGUGGGGCCUCACCAGUGCCAAGUACAGUGGCACAAUCACUUCUCCAGUCCUCCUGGCCACACUAUUCCUGAUACAAGCCAGGAUUCUGUUGGCCUUUUUGGCUACCUGGGCACACUGCUGUCUCAUAUUCAGCCAGCUGUCAAUCAACACCCCCAGGUCCUUUUCCACCAGGCAGCUUUCCAGCCACUCUUCCCCAAGCCAAUAGCAUUGCAUGGCGUUGUUGUGACCUAAGUGCAGGACUUGGCACUUGGCCUUGUUAAACCUCAUACAAUUGGCCUCAGCUCAACAAUUCAGCUGAUCCAGAUCCCUCUGUAUGUCUUUCCUCCAGCAGAUCAACCCUCCCACCCAACGAUGUCAUCUGCAAAGUUACUAAGUGUGCACUCAAUCCCAUCAUCUAGAUCAUUGAUAAAGACUUUAAACAGAACUGUCUAGAUCAUUGAUCUAGAUCUAGAUCAUUAUCUAGAUCAUUGAUAAAGACUUUAAACAGAACUGGCCCUAAUACUGAGCCCUGGGGAACACCACUUGUAACCUGCUGCCACAACUCUUUGGGCCCAGCCAUCCAGCCACUUCUUUGUCCAUCUCAGAGCACACCCAUCCAGGCCAUGACCUGCCGAUACAGUGUCAAAGGCUUUACUGAAGUAUAAGUACACAACAUCCACAGCUUUUCCCUCAUCUACUAGAUGGGUCAUCUUGUUGUAGAAGAUCAGGCUGGUCACACAGGACCUGCCUUUCAUAAACCCAUGUUGACUGGGCCUGAUUGCUUGUUUUUCUUGUAUGUGCUGUGUGGUGUCACUCGGGAUGAUCUCUUUUAUUUCUUUGGUCACUUGAAAUCAGCUGUUCCAGCUGUGUCUCUUCCCAACUUCUUUUGCACCCCCAGCCUACUCACUGCUGGGGUGGUGUGGGAGCAGAAAUGGCCUUGACUCUGUGGUAGCACUGCUCAACACUAACAAAAACAUCCCUGUGUUUUUAAUGCUGUUUUCAGCAGAAAUCCAAGGCAUAGCCUCAUACCAGCUACUAUAAAGAAAAUUAACUCCAACCCAGCCAGAGCCAGCACAAAACCCCUUGCUGGUUGAACACAGAACUGCAGAACUUAAUUAACAGUGAUUCUGUAAGGUUGUACUGACCUAGGGCUGGUUAUUGGCAGCACCAUGUCUGUUCAGUGUUUUGUGGCAGGACUAGCAAAGGGCAAACUGUUCCUAUCACUGAUUUAGAUUUAGGGACUCGGGCAUGAAGUAGAGUUGGGUAUGGCGUUUCCCUGGCAGCUGCUGGGAGCAGUGAAGCCCAUGCCUUAGUGGGCUUGAGCUGAGCUUCUUCUGGUUGUAGCCUUUUCUCAUUGCAGUAUGUAGACCAAACCCAGUCGUUUUGGAUCAGAAAAGCAGUGAUACAGGGAGUGGAAUUGAUGUUUGAAUGGAACUGCUAAAAGCAAAAAGACACAAAAUUACCAGCUCCAUAGCCUAGGCUUAGAUUUUGCUGGCUGUCACUUUCUUUCUUCAGGGUGCUACAGCAGGAGAGUUAUAGGUGGUUCUGGGUAUGUGGCCAGUGGUUGAGAUUGCCCCAUCUGGCUCAGAAGACCUUGUAUUCCCCACUUUUCUGAACUACCUUGUCUUUUAGCAGCUCAGAGCAAAUUUCCAUUAAGGCAUCUGCUCUGUGCUGGCAGAUUCUUAGAAUGCCCCCAGGAGAGUCACCCAUUUGCAAGAAAUAACACUUGAGAGAAAAUAUGUUGUUUGGGGCAUUAAAAAAAAAUACCUCCCUGAAGCAUUCCUAUCAUGCCGUUUUAAACAGUGAUGUUAGCAGUUUUGCCUGUGUCAGGGAUGCAGCAUGUUGCUAUGUUGUAGGGGAGGAAGAGAGCCGUCUGCAUUUGGCUGUUUUGGGAGUUUCCAGAAAGCCUCAUGCUUAGAGGCUCAUUUCUUUGGCAGCUAAGUUCUCCAAAGAUACCAGUAUGGAGCAGGUUCUUCCCUGGGACUGCAGGAAUGAGCUAGGAAAAGGUCUUCUCUGAAACUCCUGGUCCUAGCAGGUGUGCUGUGCUGUGUGCCCCAUGCAGCACUGAAGAGUGGGGCACUUGCCAUGCUGUGUUUAUAGUAGUUCUUCUCACCCCUGGAGCUCAGGCCUUCCCGGGGAGGGGAAGGAUUUGGACUCACAGGAACAUGAAGCAAGCUGGUGUAGGGUGGACAACGGAGAGAACUAACUGCAGCUCUGCCACUCCCCCAGGGAGAGCAAUUAUACUUAAAACAGUGAGCCAGCUGUUGCCUGGGAAUAACUUCACAAAUGAAUGCAACAUUCCUGGAAACUUCAUGUGCAGUAAUGGGCGCUGUAUCCCAGGAGCUUGGCAGUGUGAUGGGCUGCCGGAUUGCUUUGAUGACAGUGAUGAGAAGGAAUGCCCGAAAGCCAAGUCCAGAUGCGGUGCCACAUUCUUCCCCUGUGCUAGUGGGAUCCACUGCAUCAUUGGCCGCUUCCAGUGCAACGGCUUUGAGGACUGUCCUGAUGGCAGUGAUGAAGAAAACUGCACGGCAAAUCCCUUGCUUUGCUCUACUGCUCGAUUCCACUGUAAAAAUGGUCUUUGCAUUGAUAAAAGCUUUGUGUGUGACAGUCAAAAUAACUGUCAAGACAACAGUGACGAAGAAAGCUGCGAAAGCCCUCAAGAGGUAGGCAGCGGCCAAGAUUACGUGAGCUCAGAAAAUCAGCUGCUCUACUACCCUAGUAUUACCUAUGCUAUCAUUGGUAGCUCUGUCAUUUUCGUACUUGUGGUGGCCUUUCUUGCCUUAGUCCUGCAUCACCAACGUAAACGCAACAACCUCAUGACCCUGCCAGUGCAUCGGCUGCAGCACCCUGUCCUGCUGUCCCGGCUAGUGGUCCUCGAUCACCCACACCACUGCAGCGUCACCUACAAUGUCAACAAUGGGAUCCAGUACAUGUCCAACCAGGCCUACCACAGGCCAGUGGACCUGGACUCUCCGCCAUCCUAUACAGAGGCUGUGCUUGACCAAAGCAGACCUCCUUGGUUUGACCUUCCUCCACCACCUUAUUGUUCUGAAUCUGAAUCCCCUGAUCAGCCAGAUCUUCCUCCUUACCGAUCUCGGACAGGAAGCUUGGUGAGCACAGAUGCCCCCAUGGCAGGAAGCCCUCUGGGCACAGCUAGCAGUUGGACAAGAGGCAUCCAUGACAGUCUGGAUGGCAACAGAACUCUUCUCGAGAGGACAGCAGAUCAGAGUAAUUCUCUGGUCAACCACAUUGCUGAAAGAGAAGUGUAACUGCUUCAGGAUUUGGGAUAGCAGGAAGGCGUUUACUUUUUCAAGUCUGUAUAGGUUAAUCUGCUAAUAGGUUUCAGGGGAACAUGCAUCUGAAUGAUGACUUGAUUUGAAUCCAAUUAGUAUUUCAAUUCAGCAUUUUGGGCUCACCAAAGACAGAGCUGUGAGAGCUAAACCUAUAGUCACGUCAGCUCUCCACAAUAUUUCUGCAAGCAAGUUCCAGUUCAGACUAAUAAGAGAAACAUCAGUGCUAUGUCAAAGAACUGAUGUGAUGUAUUUCUUGGACUGUUUACUGUAUAUGAAUGUAUAUAUGUGCAUGUAUAAUAUAUAAAAGUGUUGCGCACAAAAACUAUGCCAGAAAGACUGCUGUUUUCAGACUGCCUCCCAUCCUGCUGACAUAUGAACUGUUUGUUCUUACUGCCCAAUGCCAGCUGGUGGUUGUUGAAGCACAUGAGAGGCAGUCUUUCUGCUUGGAGGUCUGACUCUUCUCUUCAUUCUGGAACAUUCUCACUGUGAAUGUAGUUUUCAUAGUUUAAGCUUGUGAGGAUGCAGCAACUCUCUAACUGAGCAAACGAGUGCUUUUUCCCAGAUGGUAAUAUCUAGGCCAAAUUUGCAUGGGUUUUCUCAGGAACACCACAAAGGUUGACUUAUCUGUCAGACUUCAAGGCUGAGUACAGAGGCACUGAAGCAUCUCAACAAAUCAGCACAAGACUUCUUUUCAAGUGUGGCAAAACAACAUUAAUCCACGUGUUCUUUCUUAAAAACAAAAAAAAAAAAAAAAAGACAACGAUAACAAACAACUAAAUAAAUUAAAAAAAAAAAAACCUAAGCUAUUUCUUGAACAUCAAUACCAGCCUGAGGCAAACACUCAUCAUGGAAAGCUUUAGUGUGAAUGACUAGUUUGCUAUACUUGUUACUGAAAGCAGGUCAUGUAGUGAAAUGCACUGGACUUGUUGACCCUGACUACAGCAUGUAUGUGUACAUGCAUGGAUACACAUGUUUAAUACUAUGUCUAUGUAUCUAAGUAGUGUAUUUCAUAGUAUAUAUAGUAUAUUUCAUAGAUUUAGUUCUACUGCACCAGUAGAACUGUGAAAUGUCAAAGUUUCAGUUAGAAUUUUUUUUUUUUUAAUGGAGUUUGCCAUUAUUUGUGUUCAUUUGGUUGAAAUUCUAGCUUCUACAGUAAACCAGAAUUAUUUGUGUCUGUUUUGUUCUAACUCUUAGAAUGGUCUCCUGUGAAGUGUGUUUCAGUGCAGUGUUGAAUCACCCAUGUGAAAGCAUCUCAGAGGUAAAGGUAGUCAGAGGGGCAAGAAGGAAGGCAAGCAGUAAAUUUAAAUGCCACUGCAGUCCAGUGCUUGUGCUCAGUAUACAGAAAACAAUGCAGUGUCUUUCUUUUGUCCAGAGGGAAAUUUACCUUGAAAAAUUAUUUAUAUUUGUCUGGCAGACACAUUUCAAAUUCCUCAUUCCAUGUAAUGAACAUGAAAUGAAGGAAGGUAACUGCCCACACCCUCUACUUUCUUCCCAUCUUUCUAGGGUAACUUCUUCUACCCAAAGGUUAUGCUCAGAACCCAAGAAUUUUUGAGCUUGAGUGUCAGUAGGGUAGUAAGUUGAGUUUAGUUUCAGUUCCCACACAUAGACCUAAAUUUUUUUGUGGCCUUUUUUUUUUUUUUUUUUCCAUUUCCAGCUCUGAAGUCUACUGCCAUGGUAUGUAAGAGAUGACACAGUGGGGAGCACUGGAGAAUUCUAACGCUGCUGGGCUUGGCUGACUUUGGAAGCAGAUCAAUGACAGUCUUUUAUUCCAGGCUUAAGCAGCUUUUCUUGAACUCUGUUGGUGAAGAUGCUCCUAGGUCCUUGUAAAGCAAUGUACAAGAUAGGGCCGGAUUUCAUCCUUGCUGGGAGCUAAAGCAGUGUAAUUAUGCUGUCCUUCACAAAGCAAGAUUUGGCUAAUUAAUGACUCCAUCCAACUUAAUAAGCAGAAGGUUUCCACUGGCACUUCACAGACAGUUAUUCUUUAUUUUACAAGUAGAUUAAAUUUGAAUACAUAGCUGAGCUAAUAGUGAAGGUGGGUACAGGGCUGUCUCCUGUGAGCACCAGGCCCCACUGUCCCUUUUGCCUUUCAUUUAGGCUCUGCUUGGCCUCUUUAAGAGAGUUAUGUCAUGCUGUAUCAGAAUUAGCCUUAACAUUUUUUGUUACAGUUUUUUAAACAUUAUCUUUGACUUUAAAACAUACUGUUGAAGAGUUUGCAGUAGUUUCAUUAGAAUUAGGCAUCUUUUUAGUUUUAAAGUUGCCAAAGGCUGUAUUAGUGAAAUUAAAUCAUUGUGUCCAGUGUAACUUACAUGGCACAUAUCCUCACACAAUCUUUCCAUGGGGGACUGCAUUUUACCACGUGUGUUCUAAGACACCAAGGUGUGUGCAAACCAAAUACUGUUUGCCUAUAGCACCUGAAAAACACUGCCUUGCAUUCCUAAGACGUGGGAAAAGAGUGGACAUAGCCUGCUUCUUCUGCCUUCUGUGUCAGUCACUGUCAUAUAUGUAUAUAUAUUAAAAAAAAUACUCUUUCAGGUUGUAUAUAUUCAUGUAACUUUUGCAUAAAGAUAAUCCAUUUGGACAAAAAAAAAGGGGGGGGGGGGGAAACAUUCUAAAUGGUGUGAAGUUUUCCUUUCUGGCUAAGGGUGUACUUAUCUUUGUAUAGGAAUCUUUUUGUUUUUGAGAAUACAAGUUACAAAAGGAGAUUGUGCCUUUCUGGUUGAAUGUUGAUUUGGUGGGAGGCUGUUUAACUACAUUUCUGGAUGUUGUUACAUAUCAUUGUCUAGAGAUCCAAAAAGAUAAAUAAGUCUUGUCUUCCUCUUUUUUGUUAUUUAUGGGGACCACAGAAAUUUGAGGAGUAUCUUGUUCCAAAAAGGCAUGCUAAAACUUUAAGGUGGGGUUUCAUCUUAGUUUUCUGCUUUGUAGAACAGAUUUGCUAGCUGGUUUCUUUGGAAAUUGCUGUAGUAUCACACCAAAAUGGUUUAUAAUGUGUCAUUUUUAGUAGUGUUAAUACAGCAUAAUACUGCAUUAUUGAGUGGACAGAUAUUAAUAUAUUUGAUUCCAACAAAACAAUUUGAAGAAAUUACUAUUUGAGGUAAACAAAUUUCAGGAAUUUUGAGUAUCUGUAACCUCUGCUGAAGUCAGAAUGCUGUAUAUUUAAAAUUAAGCCAUUAGUGAAUCCACUUGACAAUAACCUGAAGUUCCUUGUAAGGCAAAUUACUUUUUACUUCUUUGGUAUUGUGCUAAUGGAAAACUGGCAGUAAUGUCUUUAAUAGAGAGCCUGUGAAUAAUUGUUUUUACUUUUCAUCUACAAUGACAUACAUGACAACACUGAGUGCUUUGCAAUUUUUUAAAUAACUGCAUCCAUUCUUUCUCUCCUUUAAAGUCAAAUCAGUUUUAUUUACACCACUUCACUUUGAUACAGCUAAUAGGACCCUUGUGAUACAUAUAGAAACUGGGUGGAGAAAAGAGGCAAUGACUCUCAUUUUCAUUAAUGCUGCAGGUUGUUAAUCUUGUGUGCUUUUUAGACAUUUUAGGAAAGACAAAUGGUUUUAGUAGAUAAGAAAAACUAUUAACAAUGAAAAGGAUAGAAGGAGACUUCUGAAUUUAAUUUUUAAUGAAUAUUUAAAAUUGUAUAAAUGAAGGAAGAAUUUAAUGCUGUAUUUUUAAUGUGGUGAUCAGAUGGCAAGUACUGUUCCUCACUGUCAGUCCUCGGAAGCUAUUUUGCAUAUAAUGCCUGGAACUAAAAUAAGACCAAGUGCUCUUCUUGCAGUUUGUAUGAGAUCUGAAAUAUUUUUUUAGUAACACAUGGCUAUAUUGCACCCAUGUAGUAAAAUACGUGACUCCAGAAAAAAUUUCGAUACCGUGCUGGAUUCUGCCUGAAUGUAGCCCAGUACAAGACUGUGGCCUUCAUUUGUCCGUUAUUUUUCUGAUUUGAGGGGUUUUGUCAACUUGAAAUUGAGAUAUUACAUAAGGGCUUUAGUGGAGCUUCUCUAUUGAAACACAACCUUGUCUUAAACAUUUUUAAACUGGAAAUCGUCAAAAAUGUGUUCUGUAUUCUUGAAUAAAGUGGAUGUUUUAAUACUGUU